AUGUACAGAAUGGCCUUGGAUGUGACAGACAUACACAAUAUCAUCGAAUUGCUCAAAAGAAAUGAAAUUCCUCAAGACUUGCGCUUAUUGGAGGCGGAGUUUACCGCCAUGACACUUUUCCUGGGCAGAACUAGAGGCGUCCCACAGGAAUGGAUCGACCGUUUCGAAAAGGAAAGUUAUGAUGAAGUUAAGCUCCUUACUGUCUACAGAGUCUGGGCCCCUAGACAAGGUGCGGAACGUUGCCCAUUAAAGUUUUCCGACAUCGUUUUGACUGUCAAUGACAAGUUGGUAACAAGUAUGAGAGAUUUGGAGCCAAUGUACACAAGCAAGGAGUUGAAGUUCAAGAUUGUGCGGGAGAUGCAAGUGAUGGACUUGGUUGUUCCAACAGUGGAAACAACCAGCAUGAACACUAGUCGAGUGGUGUUUUGGUGUGGUGCUUUGCUUCAGGAACCCCACCAAUCUGUCCGUCAACUCAUGGAGAAAAUUCCAUCAGAAGUGUAUGUUGCCCGUAAGAGUGCUGGUGGCCCAAUGACUCAAUAUGGUAUUUCAAACAGUGUCUUCAUAACGCACGUGAAUGACCAAGAGACGCCAGAUUUGGAGACUUUUGUGAAAAUCACGAAUGACAUUCCAGACAACACUUAUGUUAAAUUAGGGCUUGUCUCGUAUGAUCAUGUACCCGGUGCUGUUUCGAUCAAGAUGAAUUACCAUUAUUUCCCAACCCAGGAACUUAAAAAAGGCGCAGAUGGAUCAUGGCACGAGAUUGAACACACCAAGGAAUAG